AUGGCGGUCGAUCCUACCAUUCAAAAGCUCUAUGGGCAGCCUCCGGAUAAUGUCGACCUCUCCGAAUCUAGAGUUCUCGUGAACUCUAUUAUCGCCGUCAUCAUCCUCAUCAUCGCCAUUAUAUCGGUAAUCCUCCGGUUGAUUUCUAGAUCUAUCCAAAAGAUUGGUUUGAAAUGGGAUGACUUUUUCAUUCUCGUGGGCACUGCCUUUGCGAUUCCGACGGUUGGUUUGGUUGUAGGCAGUGGAGCACUUGGUAGCGGCAAGCACAUUUGGACCGUCAGUGCGCCUCACCUCGUCAAUGCUUUCAAGUUGUUGUACUCCUAUCCUUAUAUCUACGCCGCCUGUGUCACGACGACAAAGUUCUCGAUUAUCCUAUUCUACUUUCGCAUUUUCGGAAAGACUGGAUCCAACAACGUCUUUAUCUACCCAUGUUACUUCGCCGGGAUACUCAAUGGGCUUUAUCCAAUCAUUAUGUGGAUUGUCAUGGCCACAUGCUGCCGGCCAAUAAGCACCUACUGGAAUAGUUACGUGGGAGUUGGCUCAGGAGAAUGCAUCGACGUCAACACAUUCUUCCUGGCGCUGGGAAUUAUGAAUAUGGUUAACGAUGUUAUUAUCCUCGUCAUUCCUAUCCCGCAGAUUCUCAAACUGCACAUGAACACGCGGAAGAAGAUCAGUAUUGUUGGUAUUCUGCUAUUGGGAGGAUUUGUUUGCGUUGCCAGUUGCAUUCGUAUCUACUACCUCACCCGCUGGAGCGCUGCAAAGGACAUUUCAUGGGCGAUGGGUCCCGUGUUCAUCUGGUCCAGUGUCGAGCCAGCCAUCGGCAUUGUAUCCGCCUGCCUCCCCACGCUGGGCCCGCUCUUCCACUUCGCCAGGGACCGAUCAUACGGAAGCAGCAGCAACAACCGUUCCGGCUACACUCCGCACACGGGCGCCUCGGCCGGAUGGCGUAACAAGUCAAACAGCGGCGCGCAGGCCACUUUUGGUGGGGGACGUUUCUUCCGCGACGACAAAACGGACACGUUCGUGAGGGAAGAGGACGAAAUCAACCUUACCAGCAUCGCUGCCGGUCCUCCCGAUCAUAGAACCUACUCAGCAGGCGGAUCGCUCGAGGAGGGCCUGCCGGAACACGGUAUAGUGGCGACGACGCGGAUAGAGCACCAGGUUACUUAA